CACAUCUGACCGCGUGCAACCUCAUCCGACCACAUCUGAGGCCAUCCGAGUUUCACGACGCCAAACGUCACCGCCGCGCUCGAGCUGUCGCAGUAGUGCUCGCUGCUUAAUGCUUUCGUCUGCACACCUGAUUGGCUGGGUGAUUAGAGUUUGUUCGCAUGCGCGCGGCCUGGCAAAACAAAUUGCGCCCGUUGAGGGUCCUGAGUGGCUGUUUAUGAGGCCAUCGUGGGUAUUGGGGACGGAGAACGGAAGGUCGUCGUUCCUGAGGCCAAGGAGCUAAGAGAAGGGGAUGGGGGUCGUGAGAGAGGCCGGAUAGAGCGAGGGGUCUCUGUUCCGGGCUGGGCGGUAGGCUUUAAUGGGGGUGCUCGCCCAUAUUUGUUGGAGGUUCUUUUUCUCUCUCCUCGUCCGUCUACACAUCGUCGUCACUCAUUCUUUGCGAUCUCUCCAAACAUUUUCGAUUCUGUCCAAACAAGCGCUGGUUCUGCUUUAUUAUUAUUAUUAUAAACCUUACUCGACCCAUUUUUUGACACCUGACCUGAGUCCUGUAUACAAUCUUUUUUUCUGAGAAUCAAACGGAAGCUGGUCUUGUUAUAACAUUAAUAUUUUUAAUAUUCGAGAAAGAAGAGAAAGUUGUUGCUCAACGCCGGUCUAUCUACUAUACACUCGAAUACUUCGACGUCUCCAUCAACCUACCUACAGCCACAUUACUCAAUACAAUCCCAUCUCUCUACCUCAAUAUGCCUAGCUUCAAGACCCUCGCCUCGGCCGCCACUCUCGGCCUCGCUGCCUUCGCCGCCGCCCUUCCCUCCGGCUCCUACAGCACUCUCAGGUCCCGCGCGCUUUCCAAUGAUCUUGCCACCGCAGCAGGCAUCAGCGAUGUCGACAUCCUGCAAUUCGCCCUGACCCUCGAAUUCCUCGAAGCCGAAUUCUACCGCACCGGCUUCGCCAAGUUCCCCGACUCCGACUUCGCCGCUCUCGGCCUCACAGCUGAGGAUCUCGUAUCUCUCAAGCAAGUCGGCGCCACCGAGCAAACCCACGUCACCACCCUCCUCGCCGCCAUCUCCGCCCAGGGCGUCAAGCCCGUAGCUCCCUGCACCUACAACUUCGGCUUCACCACCGCCGCCGAGAUGGUCGCCACCGCCUCCGUCCUCGAAGCUGUCGGCAUCAGCGCCUACCUCGGCGCCGCCCCGCUCGUCGCCGCCCCCGCCAUCCUCACGGCUGCAGGCAGCAUCCUUACCGUCGAGGCGAGACAUCAGACUCUCAUCCGCACCCUCACCAAGGUCGCUGCGGUGCCAAACCCCUUCGAUACCCCUCUCGGCACCCGCGCUGUCUUCUCCCUCGCUGCGCCGUUCAUCACUGCUUGCCCUGAUGGAUCGAACCUUAAAAUCACCCCCUUCCCCGCUAUGACUUCCACUACCCCCGCAUCCGCCAUUGUCGCCGACGCACAACUUGCUGUUGCCAGCACCGCGCAGGGCGCAACGCACUGUGCGUUUGUCAAUGGUGGCGCGCCCGGUGGAGCUGUUUUCGUGCCAUUGACCGGAGGCAACUGCCAGGUUCCCCAGAUCUUGAAGGGUGAUGUGUUUGUUUUCCUUGCGAGCGCAGGACCAGCGACGGGUGUGCUCACGGAUGAUAUUACGGUUGCUGGACCGAUGGUGGUGCAAAUCUCGUAGAGCGAGAUGCGCCACUGGGGGUAUGGGGGAAGGUUAGAUGUUACGUAGGGAUAAUGGAGGAUUUUAGUGUGUUAGAUUUUGGAGUUGGCAAGGCGGGA